CGUGGCCCAAGAUGGCGGCGCCUGUGGCUGAGGCGUCCUCGGCCUUCCUGGGCUUCGGCCCCAACUCGCGAGACCCGGGCCAGCUCCCUUCGCGCCGUGCGGGCGGCCAGGGCGCCAGGAACCGCAAGAAGGGCUGGAAGCGCUGGCGGGGGCCGGAGGCCCAGCUGGGCCGGCAGCUCGGAGACUGGCUGGAGGAGAGGGCGGCCGAGCUGCGGCAUUUGGGAGGGCCAGUAUCAGAGAAACCGGACGAAACCCUAUUCUUCGUAGAUAAAGAGAAAGGCCAAAACCAGAAGCAUUCCAAAGAGAAACCUUUGAAGAUUGACUUGAUCCUACAGCCAGAUUCCAAAGUGCCUGCACCUAAAAACAUCCUCGCCUACCAGGUCCCCAACGGCAAGAAGCUGAAGCGGAGGCAGCGGCUCUGGCAAAAGCUGGCGGAGAAAGGAGUGGUGCCCCGGAAAGAGCGCCUCCUUCAGGAGAGACUGCAGAAAGCACCGGAGUUGAUAAAAGCCAACUCCACGGAAACAAGCAGCGGCCCCGAUCCUUCUAGGGGGUUCUAUGAUAUUUGGUCGGACUCAAACCCGCUAGAUAAAGCCUUGGCCGGGCAGGAUACCUGGUUCCUGGAGCAGACCAAAAAGCAGCCGGUGAAGCGUCCAGAGAGGCUGAAGAAGACUCCGUCGCAACUGCCAGCCGUUGAGGUCAUCUCGCCAGGCGGGUCGUACAAUCCUAGUUUCCAGUCUCACCAGGCCCUGCUCCUCAAAGCGCAUGAAAUUGAGCUCAAGAGACGGAAAGCAGCGGAGAGAUUGGAACGUCAGCUGAACUUCCCCACGGCAGCUGAUGCCCCCACCCAGGAGACAGUGUUCCAGGAACAGUGCGAGGGGCUCUUGGAGGAGGAGUCUGACGGCGAGGAAGGCCAGGGGAGCCUGUCGAGGCCACAGGAGGAAGAACCGCAGGCGGACACGGCCCGCGGCCCCCGUUUUACCCAAGCGGCGCCUGGAGAGAAGAAGACCGAGCGGCAGCGCAAGAAGGAAAAGGCGGCCAAACGGCGGAAAGCCCGGGAACUGGGCGCGAAGGCUGCACGGCUCCGGCGGCAGGAGCUGUUCCAGCUGCGGUCCAUCCGGCUGCAGGUGAAGCGGCGGGAGGCCGAGCUGCAGCGCCGGAAACGAGCGCGGGAGGCCAAGCGGAAGGAGGAAGCCAACAAGCCCCGGCGGCUAGGCCGGCUCAAGUACGAAGACCCUGACCUGGACGUGCAGCUGAGCACUGAACUGGCGGAGUCCUUGAGGACGCUGAAGCCCGAAGGCAGCAUCCUGAAGGACCGGUUCAAGAGCCUACAAAAGCGCAACCUGAUAGAGCCCAGAGAGCGUGCAAAGUUCAAAAGGAAAUACCGGCUGAAAUACGUUGAAAAGCGCGCCUUCCGGGAGAUCACGUUGUAGAAGCACGGAAUACGCCACAGCACCCCAGGAGCUCGUCCUGCCCCCCUCGUGUCUCAUUAAAACUCCAUAAACCAC